UUUUGGAAAUUUGGCAAAAUUUUAUCGAGCAGCCGUCGUUGCGGCUCCUUGGUCUCUUUCUCUCCAACUUGAGCUUUCAUGAGAUCUCACAUCUGCCGAUGGCCAGCCAUCACCCGAAUCUUCUCCACAUCCGCAUCCCCACAGGCGUCCAUUAAGGCCCUGGCGAUACCCCAGGACAUCCAAUCCCUCGCAUCCGCCGGCCGGCUCAAGGACGCCAUCCGAUCCCUCAUCCUCCGCCGCCACCUCGGCCGCCCGGUCUAUCCGGAGUGCUUCGUCUCCAUCCUCCGACGCUGCGCUGACGCCGAUUCCCUACUCAUCGGGCGGCAGCUCCACGCCCAUAUGGUCGUCACCUGCUUCGAUCAGGACCCCUUCGUCUGCAACCAUCUCAUCAAUGUGUACGGUAAGUGCGGCUCCUUGGACGACUCCCGUUGGGUUUUCAGAAGGUUGGGGGAGAAAAGGUUGCGUUCUUGGAACAUUCUGAUCGCUGGGUACUGCAAGUUUGGCUUUUUAAGUGAAGGUAGACGCUUGUUUGAUGAAAUGCCCAAGCGGGGUGCGGUUUCGUGGAAUACGAUGAUCGCAGCAUAUGAUCAUUGGGGACCAUGCGAGGAGGCACUGGAGUUGUUUGUUUUGAUGACACAUUCUGAUUGCGAUAUCGAUCGUUAUGGGCUUUCCAGUGUGAUUAGUGCCUGUGCCAAUCUUAGAUUUAUACAGAAUGGAGAGGCACUUCAUGGGUUUUCUGUAAAGCUUGGACUUGAUUCGCAUGUUCAUGUGGGUAGUGCUGUGGUUGGAUGCUAUUCAAAAUGUGAACAGUUUGAUGAUGCUGCUAGAUUUUUUGAUCAAAUGGAUGUUAAAGAGCUCUUUACUUGGAACACAAUGCUUGAUGGUUAUAUACAGUGUUCAAAGAUUAGUGAUGCAAUUAAUUUCUUCAACAAUAUGCCGGAAAAGAAUGUCAUCUCUUGGACUACCAUUGUGGCUGGAUGUUCACAGCAUGGUAGAAAUGAGAAGGCAAUUGAUUUCUACAAUAAAAUGCUUACAAAUGGUUUGAUACCUGAUUGGAUGUGCUUUGUUAGUGUUUUAAAUGCAUGUACAGGGUUGUUGGAUCUUAGAAAAGGAUCGAAGAUUCAUGCUAGUAUUCUUAGAAGUGGCCUUGGAGCAGACAGAAUUGUUGGAAGUGCCUUAGUGGCCCUCUACGCAAAAUGUGGGUGCUUUAUUGAUGCACAAAAAGUAUGUCAUGAUUUAGCUGUUGUUGAUGACUUCUCACAGAGCGUACUAAUAGCUGAAUAUGUUAAACAUGGAUUGUUUGAUAGUGCACACAAAUUGUUUGAAAGCUUGACCGUGAAAAGUGUCACACUAUGGAAUGCAUUGAUUGGAGGUUAUGCUGCAGCAGGUUUGUUUGGAGAGGCUUCUGCAACCUUUAAAAGAAUGCAGAUGGAUGGUAAGUAUGGUGAUGAUUACACCUUUGGAAGCCUCCUCGCCAGUGGUGUGCAUCUGGAAUUAAGUUUUGGUGAACAACUUCACUCACUGAUAGUGAAGUUGGGAGUUGAUUCAUCUCUUUUUGUAGCUGGUGCUCUUAUUACCAUGUACAGCAGCAAUUUAAAUUGUCAAGCUGCGGUAAGAAUAUUUGGGUCCGUCAAGCAUCCAAACCAUAUUAUAUGGACUUCCAUGAUUUCUGGGUUUGCAUCAAAUAAUUUGAUUAAUGAGGCCAUCCAUAUGUUUUCUGUCAUGACUUCUUCAGGUAUACUGCCAGAUAAUGUUUCAUUAUCAAUUGUUAUUGAUUCAUGUUCAAGUUUAUUAAAUCUGCAUGUCGGAACACAACUUCACGCCUUUGCGUACAAGUUAGGUUUUGAAUCAGAUGUUGUAGUUGGAACUGCUCUCAUAGAUAUGUAUGGGAAAUGCUGGAACAUUGAUCCUGCAUCACGUGCAUUUGCUGAUAUAAACAUGCACAAUAUUUUUAGCUGGACUGCACUAGUAAGUGGGUACAUGAGAUUGGGAAUGCAUGAAACUGCGAAGAAGCUUUUUGAGAUGAUGCCUCAGCACAACAUUGUUUCAUGGAAUAUAAUGCUUUCUGGAUAUGCAAAACAUGGGUUUUCAUCAGAAGUAUUACAAUUAUACAGUCAAAUGUCUAGAUCAGGCCUAUUGCCAGAUCUGAGAAGUUUUGCCUCUCUUUUAGCAGUUUGCAUCGAGUUUAUGUUGGUGGAAAAUGGAAAGCAAGUUCAUGCCCAAAUUAUAAAGAACGGCUAUCAUGUGAAUGCACAAAUUGAUUUAUAUUUGACACAUAUGUACCAGAAAUUUGGAGAAUUAGGGAGUGAAAAUGAGUUCACUUCUAGCUCCUUUGAUUCAAUUGUCACAGAUGCUGUAGAUGGAUCAAAACCAGAUACCAUAUCAAAGAAUAUUCAACUUUUAGCAUCUGCCUACUUGAACUACUUUAGUAGAAUUAAUGGCCAAAACAGAGCAGAUUGAUGGAAUCAUUGUCUAGCAAAAGUUCAUCACAUUCGGCAUUGUGCCGUGACUUCUGCACUGAAAUUUGACUUUGAUGGAGGAUUAGUGCUUGUGCGACAAUAACAUUGAUCCGUUUCAAAUGUACAGCUAGGAGGUGGUAGAGGGAGAAGAGGACUAUGACUGUGACUUCUUCGACCAGGAUCAACUUCAAGAUAUGUUGAAUUUCCAUCCAACUAGGUUUGAUUAUGCAUCUCUCAUGGUUUUAUAUUCCUGUUUUGCUGCUUCAUAGUGGCACUUGUUUGUCCCCAAGCGAUUUUAUAUUUACGUCACUAUUUUUUAUGUCACGAUCUACUGUCUCUCAUAUCAAAUGCCUUGCUUGGUUCUCGUCUAUUUCCAUUUCAAAAUCUGUGGUGGAAGCUCUCACUCAUCCUGAUGGAAAAAUGCUACAGUUAAGAAAAGUCGGCUUUACUUGCUAAUGUUACUAACUCAUUAGUUCAUUGUUUUCAGACAAUUUGAUUGUUUCUUGUCACUGGGCAUGCUGAAAGUUAAUCCUGAUACCGCAACCUUUUUUAUAAAGCUUCGCUGUUCGCAGAAGAAUAUCUGUGUUUUGCAGCAGCUUGACAUCAAGGAUACAUUAUCGUAUUGGAAGGCCUCAUGGUUUAUCAACCAAAAAAGGCCUUAUGCCUCAAAUAGUCUCUUCUAGCAUGAUAUGACAACUUCAUUAAAGAUAUUUGAAGUUCGGUUUGAUUUAAAGUUCAGGUUUGUAGAAAACAAAAAGGUGAGAUAGAGCCAUAAAAUGCUCGUUUGACCACUUACUGGUGAAACUAUCGCCGGAGCUAUGGUGGGAAGGGUGUUCAGUUGUUACCCAGAUAUCUACGGUUCGAUUCCUAGUUAUGGUAUAUUUGCAGGAAUUUUUCCUCAAAAUGGGGUUCACAACCAAGGGAUGCUAAGCUUCUGGGCCGUCCACCACAAGCGCUUCCCGAUUUAUUCUGAUAACCGAUGAGAAACUGUUUGAUUAUAUUACUAUCUGACGUUUCGUCAAAUAGUUCAUCCUCUUCAAUUUUUUCACUUUGUAAGCAUGUGAUUACAUUGCCAAACACAGUAUCGCAAUGCGUAGAGUUACAGCCUUGCAGGCAAAGUUGAAUAGGAUUGAAGAAAGGAGCUCAUGAUUGGCAUCUUCGGACAACCCAACUCAAAAGAGUAGUUUGGGAGAAAGCUGGCCGUGAUACGGGGACAGGGUUCCUCGUAGGCUUGAAAUUUGAAUCGGUUUGAGGCGCGACAGGCAGAAAGGAUCGAUCAAUCCAUUUGCAUCUUAUUAGAGACAAAGUUAGGAAAUUUAUAUAGAGAUCUAGUUGAUCAGAAUUUGGAGACAAUUCAUUGCAAAGAAAGUUAAGGCAUUGGUAUAGCUAUGGCAUAUAAUUCCUUCCAAGUAUCUUUUGUAAUGCCGAAAAAUAUUAUUUUUAUUGAGAAUUAACUAAAGUUAUC